AUGAAAACGAGACUGCGAGUCCGUCGAGUGUACAAAUGGCAAGGAGAACCUUUGAGGUUCGACAGGAAGCUGAAAAACUUUGAAUAUGGCUCUUUGGUCAUUAGUGUGAAGGGGCAACCAAGACCUAACAUCAUCAGCACCGAUCAAUACAUUCUUAUUGAGGGUGAAGAUGAAGACAAGCCGUAUGUGGCCAAAGUUAUCAAGCUGUUUGGGGACGAGAGUGGGUGGCAGAAGAAGGCAAUGGUCCAGUGGUUUGUUCGUGGGUCUGAAGUGCCCAUAAGCAAGAUGCCACUGCUUGGUAGAGAGCCCCAUCCACAGGAGAUCUUUUACUAUGAGGGACAGGGCUGCAAUGAAGAGGUCAAUGCUGAGUCCAUCCUCAGUUCUGUCCAGGUCAAGCAUCUUGAUGGAGCAACUCCAUUCCCAGACUACAUAAAAAAUAAAGAUACUCUCUAUGUGAAGUGUUCCUGGGAUACCAAGACUUUCAAGAUGGUAGACUCUGCGCUCUUGUCAUCUUCCACAUUUCCUUGCUUGACCGGACCCUGUGACUCCAAUUCAUCGUCACGUUCAUCACCUACAGCCACUCCUGUGUCUCGAAGAGUAAAAAGACGAGCUUUGCCCACACCUGACCCCAUUAUUAUACAACAGGCAACCUUAGCAGAUGUCCAACACACUGAAGUGACCAUGAGUGCACUAAAGGAAUGUCAUCUAGAGUCAUCAGACUCAGCCACUUUACUAUCGGCUUCAAGAUUUCUGACUACAAAGAGAAGGAAUGCAUCAGCCAGGGCACCGGGAGUCCGCAAACGGCUGGAACUCCACAGUCCAGGGAAAAAUUCAAUGCAAUCCAAAAAUAUCUUGGCUCAGCUGCUGGAUGAAGAGCCACAGACAGAGAUGGAGUUGACUGAGAGGAUAUCGGCAUCUGAUCCUCAGGGGCUGAAUCCUGCCUGCAGCCUAACCCCACUCCGGAAGAUGCAUAGAACAUCUGCCAGCUCUCUCAAGCCCUCGGUUGUCAUGUUGAACAAACUGCCUGUCUCUGAGACGGAAAGUCCUGAAUCUCAAGCUCAAGCCAUUCCAUCCACGAGUGAUAUGGUCAGUGAAGACACUCCAAUACCGCUUCUCGCCACAACACCAAGGAGCUCUAAAAGGAAGUCUGCCCAACUCGUGUCUGCUCGGAUCAAAAAACAAUUAAAUCUUCUGAAUGGCACACAAAACCUGGAGUCGGAUUCAGAAGAUGAAGAGUUUGUGCCAUCAAAUAAGGCUCUAAGUUGUAGCAGUGGGGAUGAUGAAAUGGUUUCGGAUGAUGAAAAUCCGCUUGUAAAAAAAGGAAGAAUGGAUCUUACUGCGUCUCGUGUGCCUCGUUCAAAGAAAACCCUGGCCACAAUCAGGAUGCCUCGUAAAACACCCGGCAAGAAGCCAGCAACCAUGACAUCACAGACUUCUAACGAUGUCAUCCCAACUAUCCCCAGUCGGUUGAAGCCAGUCCGACACCCCACCAAUAUAUUGGAAGUGGCAAGAACAAGGCUACACGUGUCAGCGGUGCCUGAGUCUUUACCCUGCAGGGAGCAGGAGUUUCAAGACAUUUACAGUUUUGUGGAGAGCAAAAUCAUGGACGGGACAGGAGGGUGUAUGUAUAUCUCAGGUGUGCCAGGGACAGGGAAGACUGCCACAGUGCAUGAGGUGAUUCGCUGUCUGCAGAAUGCAGCAAACAUUAAUGAGAUCCCAUCGUUCCACUUCAUUGGGAUCAACGGUAUGAAGAUGACUGACCCUCAUCAGGCCUAUGUUCAAAUACUUGAGAAACUAACCGGUCAGAAGGCUACAGCAGACCAUGCAGCUUCCUUACUGGAGAAGCAAUUCAGCAGCCCUGCUCCCAGAACUAAAACCACAGUGCUGAUGGUGGAUGAAUUGGACCUCUUGUGGACAAGAAAGCAAAAUGUGAUGUAUAACCUUUUUGACUGGCCAACCCGACGCCAUUCCCACCUGGUGGUUCUUGCAAUUGCAAACACGAUGGACCUGCCAGAGAGGAUCAUGAUGAACAGAGUGGCCAGCAGACUGGGUUUAACUCGGAUGUCGUUCCAGCCUUACGGAUUCAAGCAGUUGCAACAGAUCAUCAUGUCCCGCUUAAAUAAAGUCAAGGCCUUUGAGGAAGAUGCUUUGCAGCUGGUGUCUAGAAAGGUGGCUGCUUUGUCAGGUGAUGCUCGUCGGUGUUUGGAUAUCUGCCGCAGAGCCACGGAGCUUUGCGAGCACUCUACUGCCGAAAAUAACACCACAAGAUUAGUGCGAAUGAAUCAUGUGAUGGAUGCACUAAAUGAGACAUUUUCUUCAUCCUACAUAACUGCUAUUAAGUGUGCAUCAGUGCAGGAACGGCUCUUUCUCCGCGCUGUCAUUGCGGAGUUUCGGCGGUUGGGCUUGGAGGAGGCAACCCUCCAGCAGGUGUUUAUACAGCACCAGGCUCUGUGUCGUGUGGAGGGUCUGCAGCCAAUUACUGUAUCGGAGGUUCUUGCAGUCUGUCAUCGCCUGGGAGCCUGCAGGUUGUUACUGCUGGAAACAAGUCGCUUGGGUAUCCUGCAACGUGUCCGCCUUAAUGUUAGCCAAGAUGACGUUUUCUAUGCCCUGAAGUCUGACUGA